AAGCACACAAGCUGCAGUAGGACAAACACUCGGAUGUGAUGGAUUCUUACGAUUAAGUGAUGAUUCAAAUACUACACUGCGAACAGUUUAACUUCGAGGUUUCUAUAAGACGUCAAAGACAGUAUUGUUUUUGUGCUAAAAUCAUGCCAAAGAUUUUGUCAAGAGCAAAUCUCUGCAACUAAUUCGAGAUUUAUUGGGAAGUGAGAAAAUAUUUUCAUUUCUACAGAAAGUUUGUUUCUAAAAUUAAUUUUUGAUGAUUGCUGGUUUGUAAAGAAGUCCGACGCAAGUUGAAAUGUUGGGUAUGUAAAUAUAUAAAAAUAUUUGAUGUGGUGUAGAAUGGGAUUAUGGCAAAAUAUCAUCAUUAUUACAGUCAUGACAUUCCCGAAUACAGUAGUAACGACCACCCAGACCUGAUGGCAGAAUUAAGUUUAUCGGGUUAUUCACGCCGUUCAAGUGGAUUUAAAAGCGUAUUGUUUUCUGUCACUGCAUUUUUAGAGUUACUUUUACUGAUUAGUGUUAUCGUAUUGGAGUAUUUUCUGAGGUGGACAGAGGUAUUUCCUUUAAGAAGGGCCAUGUUCUCCUGUACAGAUCCCAGCAUAGGGUGUACAACUAAAGAUGCCGAACUCCUAUCAGAUUUUGCAUUUUCUGCCCGAGUUCCAGCAGAAGUCAUCUACGCCUUAAGUUUUUCAAUCCCACCAUUUAUAAUAUUUAUGGGUGAAAUAGGUUUAUAUACUUUUACAACUGAACCCCAGAAAACUAUUAGAAUAAUUAGCAAACAAUGUGUUAUACCACAAGUUGUUAGAAGAUUAGUUCGAUUUAUAGGCGUGUUUGUGUUUGGAGGAUUCACUUUGAUGGUGUUCGUGGACAUUGUUAAAAUUAUGGUGGGCCGGUUACGUCCUGACUUUCUGGAGGUGUGUCAGCUAACCAAUAGGUCAAUGUGUACUAGUUUGUACCCUGGGGGUGAACCCUACGGUACUCACGAUCUUUGUCAAAAUACAAAUCGAUUGCAACUUAGACAAGCUAGAACGUCUUUUCCAUCUAUGAAUUCAGCAUUAACAUCAUACGCUGCUUUCUUUAUUGGAAUGUAUAUACAUGGUGCAAUGAGAAGUCAUACUGUUAGAAUAAUACGACCGUUUAUAUCCCUAGUAUUUGUUAUGUUUUCAUUGUUAUGUGGGUUGGCAGAAGUGGGAUUAUGUUUAAGCCACUGGACUGAUACCGUGAUAGGUUUCUGUAUGGGAGUUAUCUUAGCUUUGUAUUUAGGUUUUGCGGUUUUAAAUAAUUUCCGGGAACAUUUAUCUCAAGAAAAACUUAUAGAAUUAUUAAAUAAUUAUGUGGCUGAUAGUUAUUUUAAUUAUGAUGAUGGCUACAACUGGUUGAAACCAGAGCCUGUGACGUCAAUACGUAUCCCAAGAGCUCAAGUUUAUAGAACAUCAAGCGAUGAAACUGACGUGAAAUACAGACGACCUAGAUUAAAACACAGCACAUUUCAACAUGAUCACCACAACUCCAUGGACAGAUACAGGAGGAAUUCUGGUGGAGUUGGAGCCUCGUCUCAUAUGUGAUUUAAUACAGACAAUAAACAUUGGUAUUGCUCCGUAGGCUAUACAUGAGAGUUGUGCCCCUUAUUUCUCAGCCAAACUACCAUUUGUUAGAGCUUCUGUUGUGAUAUUAAUGGACUAAUUCAGCACCUGAAUUGUAUUCUAGACAUUAAAAAUCCAAAUAUGAAAUAAACCACCAAUGAAUUGUGACGUUUCAAGUAAUAAGCAUUUAAACGAUAAAAUAUUUUGAAGUAAGAAAUCUUUGCAACUUUGUGGUAUUCAACCCAUAGUUUUAAUCAUGAUCUGAUUAUUAUCCUGUUACAUUAGUGUAGUGUAAACACCUUUGUUUUAUCUAAACAGUGUUCUGUUUAUGAACUGAACCAUUACGAGCACUAUUAGGCAAUCUACUAUAAUAUGCGCAUUUCUUCGAUGCGUAUCACAAAAGUAUGUAUAUUUUAAACAAUUCCGAAAAGCUAUACUAUUGGCGGUUAAUGUCUCGCGGUUUGCUAUUGUAAGGAUAAAAACAUAAAUAACUAAUCACUACACGGCUUAUUUUUUAGGGGGUGUAGAUCUAUAUUUCGUUUCGUUUUUUUUAUACUUCCGAUGGCCUCUACUACAUGAAGAUCUGACCAGUUGUUGUGGGAGGUCUCGUCAGGGGUCAUACGAGUGACAUUUGGCCCUAUGACGUCAGACAUUUGAUUAACCAACCAGCGUUGCUGUUUCUAGUGGGAUACCCACAGUUCUGUGCAUUGCACGCCAAGAACUCGCUGCAACAGACCGUGUCAUUGGCUAAUCCCUCACAACAACCAGAACGCGGGUUAUAUAACAACUCUUCCAGAUCCUAGUGUAGUAAAGACAAGCAAAACGAAAUUUUGAACUAUAAAAAACCAAAUGAAAAAGGAUUUGUGUUUUUAUGAGACUGUUAGAAAAUUGCAAUGUAAACCUAUAAAAAUAAUAUGUUAUAUCUCUGUACAUACAUGUAGUCUUAUUAUACAUGUUAUGAAGUACAUGUAAUAUGUAUAUUUUGCUUAUUUGUUUUAGAUAACCCAAGAAUAAACGUAUUAUAAUAUUUCCA